ACAACAAAGAUAUCGAAUCAGCAUUAAUAGAAGUAAUCAAAAUUACAUAUAGCCAAGGUAUUAAAAAAUAUGAUAAAAUGGGAGCAAUGUAUGUAAACUAUCUUAAAACUUUACAACGUAAAAGAGAUCCAGAAGAUCAUGUUAGAUAUGUUGCAAAACAACGUGCCCCAAACGAGAAAACUUAUAAUGAAAGAAUGGCAGAUUUCAAGGAUUGA